AGGAGCGCGGACAGGAGCAGUGCGAGGAGGGGAAGGGAGGCAGAGAGCGAGCAAGAGGCAGCGAGGAGAUUUCACAGACAAACAAGCCAAGCACCAAGACCGACGCGCGCACGCACAUACACACACGCACGCAUACACAAACACAAGCACACACCACCACAAACACAGGAGCAGAUAAACGUGCACGCCCAUUGGAGUGUAUGGGACAUGCCCAUGGACACACACAGUGGCCGAGCACCAGAGAGGACACACAGAAGCCCCCGCUUGAGGAGCUACGGAGAGCAGCAUGUUCUUGGGUAACACAUGUCAAAAUGGCCUCAUGCACACACUAGUGCGGCCCGCCAUUCCGACUGUCCAGCCCUCGAUGGGGAUGAAGCAGUUCCUUCCAUUUCCUCUGGACACAACUUCGGCCAUAAACCUCUUCCCAGGCUUCAAUGCAAUGGACCCGGUUCAGAAAGCUGUUCUGCGUCAUACACUUGGAGCCCCUCCCACCGCCAAGAGGAAGCACGUCUCAUGCAGCGUUUGCCAGCUGAGGUUCAACUCGCAGAGCCAGGCCUUGGCCCACUAUAAGGGAACCAAACAUGCCAAGAAGCUAAAAGCCCUGGACUCUCCCAAAAGCAAGCUUAAAAGCUCCAUGGUCACGAAGGAAACCAUGAGCCAGGAGAUCGCCAAGGGCAUUAACACGUUGCAGAUCCACAACGGCACCGAAAGGAAAGAUGGCAUCCCUGGCAUAACCUCCCUCCCACCCUCCUCUUCAAUGAGAGUCACACAACCGCUAAUGUCCAUGGCAAACCCCAUGAUGUCUAUGAUGGCGCCCUUAGCAUCAGCACCAGCCUCAGGUGCCACCAUAGCUGCAGAACCUACCUCAGCUGUCAGGGGGGAAGAAAAGGUGCAGAAGCCCAGCUCACCCUCAGAAGCAGACUUGGAACAUGAGGUGGAAAUGGACGCAGAGACGGAGGAGGAGAAAGCAAGACGUCUUCUGUACUGUUCGCUCUGCAAAGUGGCCGUCAACUCGGCCUCACAGCUGGAGGCUCACAACAGCGGUACAAAGCACAAGACGAUGCUUGAGGCCAGGAGUGGAGUGGGCUCCAUCAAGUCAUUUCCCCGGCCAGGAGUAAAGGGCAAACUCGCCACUCCCACCAAACUGUCGACAGGCCUGCAGAACAAAACGUUUCACUGUGAGACGUGUGAUGUGCACGUCAACUCGGAGACUCAGCUAAAACAGCACAUUAGCAGUCGACGUCAUAAAGACAGAGCAGCUGGUAAACCAGCCAAACCCAAAUAUAGUCCCUACAGCAAACCACAGAAAGGCCAAACCAAGCAACCGGCAAAGAUGACCAUUAGUAAAGAGCUGUGCCAGCCUCUGACGACUCAGAUUUUACCUGCUCAUCUUGCCGCAGUUGCAGCAGCUAUGAGCAAUACAUUCUCGCUUCGGUCAACCCACGGCACCAACCACGGUCCAUCGCCGGCCCUCUUCCAGACCCAGAGCCUCCCUGCCGCUCUACUCCGUUCUGCUCCUGGACCUGUCCGGACCUCUCACCCGCCAGUUCUGUUUGCUCCCUACUGACUGUCAGAUCGUGGAUGUGCAGGAUUCCUGCACAGGACCAAUGACGUGCUUCAGCGGGACAAGAAUCCAUCCUCCUACUAUGCAUCUGAGCUACGGGACCUUUUCAGAGUCACUGGAUGACAAAUAAACCACACCUUUGUCAAACCGCUACCUU